AUGCACAACACAAACGAUGACUCUGCAGCAUCCAUGGGUGAACAAGCAUUCAUCGACCCAUCCCACGACUCGCAGCUCCCAUCAUCACCGUCAUCAUCGUCAUACGUUCAUUCCAUGCAAUCCUCAUCACUGAAAGUGGCAGAUAAUGAUUCAUCAUUUUGUGAUUCAAACGUCGAUGUUGACGACGAUGAAGUGGCUGCAACAUCGUCCUCCCCGCCAAAGCAAUCAACGCACUUAACGCUAGCCUCGACAUCUCCCGUGCAAACCUCGACAGUUGAGCCGUCGGUAUCUUCAACCUCGUUGCCCAACGGCAGGCCAACGGGAACAUCUUCAACAAUUCUUGCAACAUCAUCAAGUUCAUCAUCGUCAUCAUCUUUAAAAUCACCAUCAUUAUCAGCGCUUUUCUCAAAAACCACAAACACAUCAACGCCAAGAACAGCAUCGUCAGCAACAACAAAAAUAACUUCGCACUCCCAACAACAAUCAUUUUCAUCAAAAUCGUUUGUCAAAACUUUUCCAACUCCACCUAAGCCGCCAUCAACCCUAUCCAGUUUCACAUCUUUCUUGCAGUCCGCAAAGUUUCUCAAUACGGCAAUCAUGUCCACAACCACAAUACUGGCCUUCCCAAUGUGCAUUGCACUCAAUGAAGGCAACGAGGAGCCUAACAACAAAGAGAAUCCACAACAAGACUGCAAACCAGCAGAAUGCGUUCAAAAACAACAACAACAAAGCAUUCCUACAACGAACAUAUCGACUGAAACGAUAUCAACUCAAGAGAGUGCUUCGAAAAAAAAUGAUUCAAAUGGACAAGUGCAAGUUUACCUUUCAAACAGUUUAACAGACUUACAAAAUGUGAACAGUCACUCGAGCAACGACGACAACGUAGAGCAGCUAUCGCGUAAGAGUUCCUCUCAAUUCACUUUGAAUACGAACGCACAUGAUGGAAGUUUGUUAACAAUUGAUGCCCAACUAAACAACAACACGAACAAUGAAAAGCAUUCAAAUCCAGACCUCCACUUAUCACAGCCGAUCCCAAUCUGCAUGGUUUCAUCGCCAUCUCCUCCACUCCCCCUCACCACAAAACCACCCACCUUUCCGGUGAAAUCAUCGGUGGUGACAUCCAAAUCAUCACCAGCGUCCUCAUCCACACCACCCAAAUCCGUUACACUGCCCACUCACGUUCUACCACCUCAUAUUCUGGCCGCCAAAAAUUCAGCCACAAGAAGAAGUUUAGGAUUUGUGCAGAGAAAAAUGGCCGACAAGAAAAAACUCAGCGUGUCCAUAAGAUGCUCACACGCUUAUGUAGACACGGUAUAUAGAAACAAAAAAGAGACAUGUUGCAAAAAGACCCACUCUGACAAACAACAGAUGAACACAAGUGUCCAACCAAGCAGUCACCUGCUGAUAAAUUUGAUUUUGUUUGGAAGUGUCAAGUUUUUGCUCUUCAAUAAUUAA